CGGGGCUCGGAGCGCGGCGGCAGCGGAGCAGCGCGAUGGCUGCAGCGCUGGGGCUGGGGCUGGGGCUGCUCCUGGGGGUUCUGGGGCUCCUGGGGGAGCCGGGGGGCGCGAACAAGGUUCUCCACUCCCUGCGUUACUUGAGUGUGGCGGUGUCAGAGCCCGGCCCAGGGAUCCCCCCGUUCAUGGUCCUGGGGUUCAUGGAUGGGAUCCCCUUUGCGCGCUACGACAGCGAGCGGGGCCAGGCGGAGCCGCUGACACAGUGGAUAAAGGAUGGAGUUGAGCCGGAAUAUUGGGAUAGCGCGAUCCAGAUUGUUGUGCUGAACCAGCGCAUGGGUGCUGUGAGCCUGGAGAGGCUGCGGGGCCGGUACAACCAGAGCAGGGGUCUCCACACCAUGCAGUGGCUUUCCAGCUGUGACCUCCUGUCCGAUGGGAACAUCCGUGGAUCCUACCGGGAUGGGUACGACGGGCGGGAUUUCAUCUCCUUUGACCCGGGAUCCCGGAGAUUCGUGGCGGCCGACGCCGCUGCUGAGAUCACCCGGAGGCGCUGGGAAGAUGAAGGGACUGUGGCUGAGAGAUUGACAAAUUACCUGGAGCACGAGUGCCCGAAAUGGCUCCGGAAAUGCAUCCAAUAUGGGCAGAAGGAGCUGGAGCGCAAAGAGCCCCCUGAUGUUCAUGUCUCUGGGAAAGAGGAACACGGGAUGCUGAUCUUGUCCUGCCACGCCUACGGAUUCUACCCCAACACCAUCGCAGUCAACUGGAUGAAGGGGGAUGAAAUCUGGGAUCAGGAGACGGAGUGGGGCGGGAUCGUUCCCAACAGCGAUGGCACCUUCCACACCUGGGCCAAGAUUGAGGUGCUGCCGGAGGAGUGGGACCUGUACCGGUGCAGGGUGGAACAUCCUGGAACGAUGGAGCCUGGGAUCUUUGCUUGGGAGCCGACAUCUGGCGGGAAUCUCACCGUGGUGGUCGCUGUGUGUGUCAUCGCUGCCAUCCUCAUCAUUGCCCUCAUUGGAUUAAUUGCCUGGAAGCUCCAAUCUGGGAGGAGGGACAGGAAUGGAUACAGCAUGGCAGCCGGAAGAGGUGUGGGAACCCAUGGCACAACCGCAUGAAUUGCCGCCUGAGCAAUCCAUGGAGCUGGAUUCAGCCCCUUUUGUCUUCCCAGGAAAGCUGAGUUCCUGGCAGAUCUCAUCCCGCUGCUCCCACCUGCAUGCAUUGCUACUGGAUCCAUUUCCUGUUUUUCAAUGUUUUAAAGUCAAGAACCACAAAGAUUCCCAAUGCUUUAGUUCUGGUAUGAAACUGAUGCCUUAGGAAGGCUGACCUGAGACAGAGACUGGACAGAGCUAGAAAAUUAGUUAUUUAUUGAAAGGCCUCCGGGAUCUACCUUGGGCAAGGCAGGGGCCUGACUGUUGGAGUCCAGGGCAUUCCUUUGGCUGCCCUGGAGGGUCAGAGACCUGGACAGGGGGGUCUGGGACCCUGGCCCAGAGCCCAGAGGGACAUUGGCUUUGAUCCCAGUCCAUGGGAAAGGCUUCUUGCACUGCGGGAAGGAUUGCAAGCCACAAGAGUAUGAAGGAUAGUAGUUUAGCUUAUCACAGGGUGAGAAAACAGUAGGUUUGGGUUUUUAUUAUGGAAGUGAAUGGGAGCAAGAUGGAGGAUUUGGGGCGCUGUCUCCUGCUUCUUCUUUCUUCUUCCCUCACUCCAUUUUCUGCAGUGACGGUGGCACAAAGUAGUUUCAAGAGAUUAGGUCAAAGCAGAGAUGACCUUUUUAGUAUAAGUGAUAGGUACUGGCAAAUAAUGAUAAAUAAAGAACAUGUAACAAUUAGUAUAAAAGAUAACACCGCAGUCCAGUGGGGAGGAGUCGCCAGAUGCCCAAGCAGCUGCACAGAUCUUAGUUGGACACUGAGAAAAUUGUAAGAUAAGAAACAAUAAACAAAGCAUGCAACCUUG